UCGAGCCGGCCGUAGACCGCACCGGCUUCACGCGCGUCUCUGUGCGCCCGCUUUCCGAGCCGUGCAUCGUGAAGUAGUGAGGCCCUAGUGACUAAUAGUGCUCGUGUGAACGUGUAGUGUGUUGUGUAGUGAAACUGGUGAUGUGGUGGGCGUGCAGCUCACUGCCGGGUCGUGGUGUGGCGGCCACUGAGUGAGGCGGUGGUGCAGGCGAUAUGCCCGUCGUCGACGAUCAUGACGACGCAGCUGGACGAAUGUCAUGGGAUCUCGGGAACAGGACGACCCAGCGUGCUGCCCGCCCCCGCCGCCUGCAGGCUGGCCGGGGUGCGCCGCCGGGGCCGCGCCGCGCCCAGGACGCUGAACAACGGUGGUGGUGGCGGCGCCCCGCCGGCGUCCAUCCCCGUCCCGCCUCCGCGGGUCCCCACGCCGACGACGGACUGCAGGUCGGCGCUGACCAGGGUGCCCGCCGAGGACAACGCAGAGGACCCCGCCGAGGACAACGCAGAGGACCCCGCCGCCGCUUCGCCUUUGGCUGUUCCUCGGCCAGCUCCGCGGGCUCCACGCCCCGCCCCCAGGACGGCCCCCGCCGCCCCCAGCUCCGCCCCCGGGUCGGACUUCAACUGGGGCCACCCCCGGAUUCACGCCAGGGUGCAGGAGUCGCAGCGUGGGGACAGGAGCGCCCCGCCCGAGGCCGUCAAGACCGACGGCGCUGCGGACGAUGACGUCACCGCCGGUGACCGGAAGGAGACGGAGGUCGACGCCGAGGGCUCGAAGACCGCCGUCGACGAGCACCGGGGUUUCGCCGCCGCGUCCAGCUGGGUGCGCGGCCUGGAGGCAGCGCGCGCCCGUCGGACCGUGACGGCUCCGGAGCGGCCGGCGGGGAGACGCGACCCACCGCCGCCGCCGCCGCCGACUCAGCCGCGAACCGCGGGCCGCAGCCGGCGCAGACAGGCGCUGUCGCUGCCGCCGGCACCCACCGCGAUACCGACCGCGAUACCCGCCGCGGUACCCGCCGCGACGCGCGCCAUGGACGCCGACGCCGGCCUCGGCUCGUUCCUCGGCGCGCCGCCGUCGCCCUACUCGUGGAUGAGGCAGCCGUCGCUGUCGUGCCUGUCGGCGGCCUCGGACCCGGCGCCGCUGCUCGACGCGCUCGUCCGCGCCCGCCGCGCCCGCCCCGCGUCGACGCGCAGCGUGCUCAGCGACCACCACCUCCGCACCCGGACCGAGGCCGGCGGCACCAGGUUCACCCUCGCCGUCGGCGGGCUUCCCGGCUCCACCGCGCAGUCGUCCGCGGCCGCAGCCUUCUUCGCCAGGGCGACGCAGAAGCUCCAACAGCUGCCGGGCUCCCCGCACCGUCGGCGCAUGGGCUCCGGCGGGGGCGGCGCGGCCGGCGCCGAGGCUGCGGCCGCGGCGGCCUCCGGGGCGGCAUCGUCGGCGGCCUGCUCGCCGGCGGCCGGGGGUGGCGGCGGCGGCGGUGGGGUCGACGAUGACGUGGUGGGGCGGACGGGGUUCUCGGCCGUGCUGCGCGCUUGCCCGCCCCCCGCGCCGCCCGCGCUGCUCCGUAGGCUCGGCACCCGCGAGGUGACCGGCGUCGGCAAGGUGAAGGUGAUGCUGAGGGUGACGGGCUUCUCCGCCAAGGCGCAGACCACGGCGUCGACGUCUACGUCCACCUCGACGUCUACCCCCAGCUCGCCGGCGCACUUCGCCCACGCUGUCGCGGACGCGGCCCCGGGCGAGCACCCCGCCGCCACCACCACCGCGACGAGCACGCCCAGCGCCGCGACCACGGCGAGCACGGCCGCGUCCACGACGACACCUUCUGCCCCGCCGUCCUACCUCAGCGUUGACCAGCGCCGGAAGCAGGUCACGCUCUUGGAGCCCGCUUCGUCGGGGACGUUGAACGGCGGCGGGGACGCCCCACAGGACCGGCGGGUGGGCGUGGCCGCGCCCAAGAUGUUCGCCUUCGACGCCAUCUACACGGACGAUGACGCGCAGACGGAGGUGUGCGGCGGCGCGCUCACCGACCUCCUGCACGCCGUGCUCAACGGCAACGACGGCGUUCUCUUCUGCUUCGGCCACUCCCGCCAGGGCGCUGCGCGCACCAUGCUGGGGACGGCCGGGGGCAGCGCAGCGACGCUGGGCGCCGCCCCGUGCGCCAUCGCCUGGCUGUUCCGCGGCAUCGCCGAGCUCAAGAACCGCGGCAAUGCGCGCUUCUCGGUGCGGGUGUCGGCCGUGGAGGCGUCGGGCGGCGGCCGCCAGCCGCUCCGGGACCUGCUCGCCGCCCACGCCCACGACUCGGAGCAGUCGCCGGGCGUGUACCUGCGGGACGACCCCGUGCUCGGGACGCAGCUGCAGAACCACUGCGAGCUGCGGGUGCCGUCUGCCGAGCGCGCCGCCCACUACCUGGACUGCGCGCUCGCGGCGCGCUCGGACGAGGAGGCGCACCUGCUCUUCACCCUGCACGUCUACCAGUACAGCGUGGCGGGCAAGGGCGGCGUGGCGGGCGGGCGCAGCCGACUGCACCUGGUGGACCUGGGCCGGGGCGCGGGCCAGGGCGGCGGCACGUCGUCGUCGCAGGGCCUGUCGCUGUCGAGCCUCGGCCACGUGCUGCUCGCCAUCUUCAACGGCCAGAAGCACCUGCCGCACCGCGAGCACCGCAUCACGCAGCUGCUCAAGGAGUGCCUGUCGCCCAUCACGUGCCACGCCGCCAUGCUGGUGCACGUGGCCGCCGGCCAGCAGGGCCAGCACCAGGCGUACGCCGAGACGCUGGCCACGGUGCAGCUGGCGAGCCGCAUCCACCGCAUGCGCCGGCGCAAGAUCAAGUUCCCCAGCCAGAGCACGGCCUGCGGCCCGGGCCACGGCCUCGGACACGGCCUCGGCCUCCACGGCGAGCAGGACAUGCAGCAGCGCGGCUCGGACCUGGAGCCGUCCUCGUCCGAGCAGUCGGCCGACACGGUCAUCUACGUCGGGCCGGCCGACGACGCCACCGACGGCGAGCACCCGCCCGUGUACCUGCCCGGGCUGGGGGAGGGCGACCACCGCGCCGCCAUGGGCCGCGCACUGCGGGGCUCCAGCGCCGAGCACCACCGGCCGCACGGCUCGCCCGGCCCCACGCGCGCGCGCACCAAGCAGACCAACAGCCCCAAGUCGUCGCCCGUCAGGAACGCGUCGUCGGCAAAGUCGUCGCCGGCCAAGUCGGCCGCCGGGAAGACGGGCGCCGCUGGCGGCGCGGGCGGCGCGGAGGAGCGGUGGAUCGACGGCCCCCGGGUGUCCAAGUCCAGGGUGGUGGAGGCGCGGACCCUCAUCCUGAAGGAGGGCCACGCCAAGAGGGAGACCUGGGUGGACGGCCCGCUGCAGCAGAAGCACGCCCCGGGCGGCAACGGGCUGUCCAUCCUGGGCAACGGCAACGGGCCCGCGUCCGGCAACUACGGCUUCAUGGACUCGCACAAGAAGUCCAUGAUCCGGAAGUGGGUGGAGAAUCAGACGGUGCACAUGAAGCAGAUGGGGGUGAUACAGGACGUCGCCGACGACGUCGGUGCGGCGCUGGCGGCCGCCGCCGCCGCUGCUGCGGCCGAGUCGGAGAACGACGACGACGGCCUCGUCGACCCCAAGUUCAUGGCCGACGGCCGGCACGGGCGCGCCGUCAACGGGCGGUGCGGGAGGCUGUCGUCCGGGGUGCGGCACCGGCACGACGAGGAGCCCACCAGGGUACGCUGCGCCGAAAUCCGGCGGAACAUCAGCCUGGAGCCCGCGCCCGCCACGGGAGGCAAGGAGCUGCAGAGGCCGGACCACCUGUCGCUCAGCAGCACGACGGCGAGCGACCGGCUGGCCCCGGGCGCGCUCCCCGUCGACCAGACUGCCGCCGCCGACGGGUCGGGGGCGGCCUCGGGGGCCGCCUCGGCGGCAGCGUCGGAGGCGGCCAGCGACUGCACCAGCGUGACCGACGAGUCGGCCGGCGGCGACCUACUGGACGAGGACAUGGACGAGGACAUGCUCCUGGAGGUGACCAACGUCGGCGACGACGUGGAGAUCAUCGAAGUCCUGGAGCCCGUCGAGCCCGUCCCCAUGGUGGACUGCUGUCUCCAGGUGACCGAGGAGGACAUCGCCCUGUGCAUGGGUGAGAACCCCCUCCCCGAGGUGGACCAGGGCGACCCAGAAGAGCAUCCCCUAAGGGUGCUGUCCCAGGAGAACCUCACCGUGGUGUCGACCUUCGCAGACACGCUGUCGCUGGCGUCGGACCUGGAGCCCGAGUACUGCCCGCUCCGGUCGAGGUUCGGCCCCAACUUCCACCACUCGGGGGGCGCGACGGGCCCGGCGUGCUGUCGCCUCGGGCGGCGCGGCAGCGACGGCGGCAGCGCGGACGGCGGCAGCCCGCUGCCCCAGGGGUCGCAGCUGCACCUGGCGCGCCUGCACGACAUGUACCGCACCAAGAUGGCGGCGGCCACGCGGCGGCCCGCGGGCGUGCUGCCUCCCCCCGUGGGGCUGACGGCCGCCUCCCGCUGCACGUCGCUGUCCAUGUCGCUGUCGGACGUGCUGCACGGCCUCGGCAGCAACGGCGCGCCCUCCGACAUGGAGCGCGACGGCGAGGGCGACGGCGAGCACGCCGCCAGCGAGGCGGGCUCCAUCUACAGCGAGCCGCCCUACCGGCUGCAGCAGCCGCCCCAGCAGCAGCAGCAGCAGCAGCAGCAGCAGCAGCAGCAGCAACCCAACCACCACCACCACUCGGGCCACUGCAACGGCACCCUCUGCGACAACUGCCACCGCAGCUUCGCGCCCGCCUCGUGGCAGUGCAGCCCCGUGCACACGGCGGGCCGCGCGGCGCGGGGGUCGCUGCACCGCUACUACGGCAACCUGAGGCACCCCGACGGCGCGUCUAACCCGGACCUCAAGGAGGAGUCGCUGCUCGCGCCGCUGCCCGCCCCGGUCCCGGCGGCCACGCUCACCUCCGCCAUCGACUGCGAGGAGAUCGAGAGGAAGAUCGACGCCAAGCUCAAGGCCGCCAACGUCCUCCCGAUCAUGGACUCUGGCGUGCUGGCGGUGCUCGCCGCGCCCGCCUCGCCCGUGGACUCGGACGAGGAGCCCGUGGUGCCGCCGCCGCUGCCGGUCUCGCCCACCUCGCGCCUCCACCAGCGGCUGCUCAGCCUCUCGGACCACUCGGCCUCGCCCAGGAGUAGAAGCAGCACGCCCGUGAGCGCCGACGGCCUCCACUCCGGGAUGCCCAGCCUGAGCGGGCUGCCCGUCCUGGACUCGGUCCUGGGCUGCACGGCCCCCGGCCCCGGCUCGGCUGGCUCGGCCGGCUCCGGGACGGGAUCCGGCACGGGCUCCGGCACUGGCUCCGGCUCGGGGGGCUCCGGAAACCACGGGUCCAGCUCCGGGUACGAGAGCCUGGGCUCGGCGCCGCCCUCGUGCAGCGGGAGGGACAGCCGGGAGGGCCGCGACUCCGGCAAGGAGGACGCCCCUGGCGUGUACGGCCGCGACGACAGGGGCUGGCCGUCCAGGGAGGCCGCGUCGUCGAGCCCGCGCAGCCGCGGCCAGCACCCGCGCGGCUCGCGGCGGGACAACCAGCAGGGGCCGCGGCCGCAGCCCGCCGGCCAGCAGCCCAAGCACUGGACCUACGAGCGUUCGCCGACCGCCGGCUGCCUCCCUGACUCGUGGGCGUGGUGCUGGUGCUCCUCCUGGUCGGGCGACAAGUGCGACCGGCCCCGGCCGCGCCCCCUGGCCGCGCCCACCCCGCCCGCCGCGGCAGCUGGCGCUGCAGGUGCGCCCGACGACGCGCGAUAGUGGCGGUAGCCGCGGCAGGUGCGGUGGACGAGCAGCAACAGCUGGCGCCUCCAGCCUCCUCCUCCGGAGAGCGUCGCGCCCCGUCACGGCCACGGGACCGCAGGGCGUCCCCCCGCCGCGCCCUGCGUGGCCCCGCGCGCCGCAAAGUCAAACGAGUGAUGGGGAAAAGUUGGCCGCCACAACUUUCCAGUUUUACGGAGCGUGGGACGGGCGGGGGGCGGGGCGGGCCUAUUGCGCUACUUGCGAGGGGACGGCAGUUUUUUUAUUCGGCUUCUGCAAGACUGCCAAAGGCCCCCGGAACCCUCGCCUGUUAUAUCGAGAGGAUGGCGUGCGAGGAGACGCCGCCGCCGCCUCCGAAGUGUCAUUCCAGCAGCCUUUCCAUCCAUCCGUUAGUUCUGUCUUUAAGGCGUUGUUCCAGUGUGUAACUUAAUGAGCUCUCCUCCCGUUUGGAAGUAAUUGCAUUUGGCGUUUGCGUGAGGAGAGCUGCUUUGUGUGCUUUAAGUCUGAGAUAUGGUCCAAAUGAAGCGUCAAAGUCUGAAAGUCACCGCUCAAAGUAGCCUGACUUUGUUUGUAGGUGUAGACGUUUGUGUUGUGUUUGGAUGCGAUGUUGUACAACGGUUGUUCAUAUCAGUCUGCAUAUCGACCCAGCGUUAGUAGGACACAGACCAAAAGGCCAUUAUUGACUUGUAGAGACAAUUUUCUGCUGAGAGCUAAACUCAUAUCGCCUUAAAUAGUUAAAGGUUUUUAUUUAUGAUUACGAUUGUAUGUGCAUUCGUGCAGCCUAGCUUAAAUCUCUUGCCCUGUGAUUCUUGCUGUUAAGUGUCUAGCAAGCGGUUACCUGCCCUAAGGGCAAUAAAACUAUAAUACCUAUAUCUCCCUAUUUAAUUAAAUGUUAGUUGUUUAUUGUUGCAAUAUGUCAAAAGGUUUCCGACUGGUUAUGCAGAUUAGCAAAAGAUCAUAGCAUAUUUUGCAGUGUUGCAACAAAUUGCAGGUUAGUAAAAAUAAAUCAUCAUGCAUUGUUAGGUGUUCUUGGCCGCGCGACGCCGCUUCUUAUCCAUGUCGAAAUUUUGUGACGACUGUUGUGUUAUGUGAAACAAAUUUUCACAAUUAGUGCCCAUUUUAAUUGCUUCAUAAUAUUCAAUAUUAUCUUGAGAAGCAAUGAAAAUGGGCACAUCCUAAAGCUAAUGUGUCUUUGUUACCUUAUGCUAGCUGUAAGCUGAAAAUGUGUAGCUUUUCCAAAGUUUAUCAGUUGUAAAGAAAGAGUCUGUACAGUGUUAUAUACUGUUAUAUAAGUUACAUGUCUUUUUGACUUUAUUGGCAAGCUCCUGCCUUGUUUCCGUUUAUGUGAAAUUGCCAUUUUUAGCAUCACCAAAAAAUUAUCAAGUUUCUAACCAUGUUAUUUUCUAAACUGUUUGUAUUGAAUAAACUAUUGUGACAGAAACGAA